AUGACUUACACCACUAGACAAAUUGGUGCCAAGAACACAUUGGAAUACAAAGUUUACAUUGAAAAGGAUGGGAAGCCAGUUUCUGCCUUCCACGACAUUCCUUUGUACGCUGACAAGGAAAACAACAUUUUCAACAUGGUUGUUGAAAUUCCACGUUGGACCAACGCCAAAUUAGAAAUCACCAAGGAAGAAUCUUUAAACCCAAUUAUCCAAGACACCAAGAAAGGUAAGUUAAGAUUCGUUAGAAACUGUUUCCCUCACCAUGGUUACAUUCACAACUAUGGUGCUUUCCCACAAACCUGGGAAGAUCCAAACGUAAGCCACCCAGAAACGAAAGCAGUUGGUGACAAUGAUCCAAUCGAUGUAUUGGAAAUUGGUGAAACCAUUGCUUACACAGGCCAAGUUAAGCAAGUUAAGGCUUUGGGUGUCAUGGCUUUAUUGGAUGAAGGGGAAACCGACUGGAAGGUCAUUGCUAUUGAUGUUAACGAUCCAUUAGCUCCAAAGUUGAAUGACAUUGAGGAUGUCGAGAAGUAUUUCCCAGGUCUAUUGAGAGCUACCAACGAAUGGUUCAGAAUCUACAAAAUCCCAGAUGGUAAGCCAGAAAACCAAUUUGCCUUCUCCGGUGAAGCUAAGAACAAGAAGUAUGCUUUGGACAUUAUCAAAGAAACUCACGACUCCUGGAAACAAUUAAUUGCUGGUAAGUCUUCUGACAACAAGGGUAUCGAUUUGACUAAUGUUACCUUGCCUGAUACCCCAACUUACUCCACAACUGCCUCCGAUGUCGUUCCACCAGCUUCUCCAGAAGCUGAUGCUCCAAUCGACAAAUCAAUUGACAAGUGGUUUUUCAUCUCCGGCUCUGUUUAA